AUGCGCCAACCUUUCUUCCUCUCUCAUGUCAUCCCAACAGACUGCAUCGGAGCGUGCUAUGGCGACAAAGUGGAUACCUUUGACCGUGACAGCCGCAGAGGUGACACCUCUCCCCAGACCAACAAUUCGGGCCCACACAAGCAGCAGACGCACCGACGACCGAACAAGCACCCGUGCCGCUUCUGUCCUUACUCAAGCUCUUCCACCACGGCUGUCGCCGUUCACGAGAGGACUCACACUGGCGAGAGGCCCUUCAGUUGCGAUGCCUGCGAAAAAACGUUUGCGAAUAAGUCUCACUUGGUAUCUCACGUUAAAAUUCACACCGGAGAGAAGCCGUUCAAGUGCAGCACGUGCGGCAGGGCAUUUAGUCAUAAAAACACCUUGGUGGAUCACGAAAGGAUUCAUACAGGAGAGAAGCCGUUCAGGUGCAACACGUGCAGCAGGGCGUUUACUCAGAAAUGCAACUUGGCUGGUCAUGAAAGAAUUCAUAGAGGAGAGAAGCCGUUCAGGUGCAACACUUGCAGCAGGGCGUUUACUCGGAAGUACCAGUUGGCGAAUCAUGAGAGGACUCACACCGGAGAGAAGCCGUUUAAGUGCAAGACCUGCGGUAGAGCGUUUGCGACUGAUGCCAAUUUAUACAGUCAUCAGAAGAUACAUCGCAAGUGAUCGAAACCCUUACGUGCAUCAUAGUUGUGAAAGGAGUUUAAACGAAAUACUCGAGCACCGACGUGUGUUCAUUUGGCUUGGCGAUAGGCCUGCAGGGGUUCUACUUGCGAGCAGUGUGUGUUUCACAUGGUUCAAAAUGUUUCAGCCUCUUAUUUACAGUAUAAACACAGAUAAAAAAAUGUGAAUUUACCUUAGACGAAGCGACCAGAGUUCUUUUUUGUACACGAAAACAAAGAAAAUACUUGAAGCCUAAUCUUUUUUUAAUAAUUCAUAGUCAUUGAUCACGUGAUGCACCUGGAAUCUCUGGGUUCUCCGUAGGGUCACUUAUGUUCCUUACAGGUCGGCCUACUCAUGACCAUAAAUAUACAAACUUAUAAAAUAACUAAGGUCUUUCAAUAGCAGCAAUCUUGAAUAUUGCAAAUGUUAAGAAAAGUACAAGAAAAACCGAGUAAUGCGGAGGGGUCAACAUAAUUUUAAGAUGUAAAAAUAAAACUAUAUUCGAAACUAUUUAACACACCAAGCUGGAAACUAAUGAUUUACUCAUAGGACUGCAACAGUAUAUACGUGACUCCGAAGAUUUAGAAAUGCAGUGUAAUUUCCUAUCUCAUUUCGUGAUAUUCUUGGUCCUUUUUCUUUUUGAUUGGUUUGAGUAUCUUAAUUCUGAUGGUAUCAUUCAAUGUGCUUGCUACAUGAAAUACUUGUAUGUAUGUUUUCCUUUUGCAUGAUUUUAUUAUUUU